UCCAACCUCUAGCCACGGCAUGGACUUGGACCAAAAGGGUCCAUCUCUGCGCAUCGGACGGUCGGGGCAUGGAGGGGUGAAUCAGCUGGGUGGGGUGUUUGUAAACGGGCGGCCCUUGCCUGACGUGGUGAGGCAGAGGAUAGUAGAGUUGGCCCAUCAGGGCGUACGUCCGUGUGACAUCUCCCGCCAGCUCCGGGUCAGCCACGGCUGCGUCAGCAAGAUACUGGGCAGGUAUUAUGAGACAGGAAGCAUCAGACCAGGGGUGAUCGGAGGCUCCAAACCAAAGGUUGCUACACCCAAAGUCGUCGACAAAAUCGCUGAUUACAAACGCCAAAACCCCACCAUGUUUGCCUGGGAGAUCCGAGACAGACUGCUGGCAGAGAGAGUGUGUGACAAUGACAGCGUGCCCAGCGUCAGCUCAAUCAACAGGAUCAUUCGCACUAAAGUCCAGCAACCACCUGGCCAAUCAGGAGCUGUCUCUGCCCAUAACUUAGCCUCUACAGUGGCAGUGACCCAAGUAUCUGCUGUAACCAGUGAUGCUGCAGGCUCCUCCUACUCCAUCAGUGGAAUUCUGGGAAUUAGCUCACCCGCCGACGCAAACAAACGAAAGAGAGAUGAAAUUCUACAGGAUUCUCCUUUGGUGAAUGGCCACGCCCACUCAGGGCGGGACUUCCUGCGGAAGCAGAUGCGAGGAGAGCUCUUUACACCGCAGCAGCUCGAGGUAUUGGACCAUGUCUUUGAUCGACAGCCAUAUCCCGACAUUUACCCCGUCCCUGACAGCAGCAGCUACAAGCUCGUCCAGACAUCUGAUUACUCGGCUAUGGCGUCUUUGGCUGGCGGACUGGAGGAGAUGAAGAACAGCCUGGCCAAUCAGACGGGAGCAGAACUGGGUUCCACUGUUGCAGGGCCUCAAUCGUAUCCACUUGUGUCUGGUCGCGACCUGGCCAGCACCACACUCCCUGGUUACCCUCCUCAUGUUCCUCCAACUGGGCAGGGUAGUUACUCCACACCCUCCCUCACAGGGAUGGUACCUGGAUCUCCAUACUACUAUAGCGCAGCCACACGGGGAGCAGGAACGGCUGCCACAGCAACUGCCACUGCCUAUGACCGCCACUGA